AUGGUAUCGUCGGCCUUUGUCUUGGCUGUUGCAGCUUUAGCAGCUACUGUUCAGGCUGCUACCCUUGAUGAUGUCUGCACAUCGGCCUAUGUCAAGGCUGCCCUACCCCUAGAUGUUCUCACUGGAAUCACUAUCGACUCAUCCUCCGUCGUGGUGAGUGCCACGAAGAACUAUUCUUCCUCUGCUGGCGACUUUUUCGGGGCUGCCACUUUCGACUACUGUGCCGUCCAGCUUGCCUAUUCGCACAAUGGCCUGAGUGAUGACCAAGUUCUAUUGAUGUUCUGGCUCCCAGCCCCAGACGAAUUCCAGAACCGCUACCUUUCUACCGGUGGCGGUGGAAUGGCCAUCAACAGUGGCAAUUCGUCCUUACCGGGAGGAGUUAUGUACGGUGCCGUUACGGGAGCCACUGAUGGUGGAUUUGGAAGCUUCGACUUAGAUGAGGAUGACGUUUUCCUCGCGGCUAACGGCACCAUUGACUAUGAGGCACUGUAUAUGUUUGGAUACAAAGCUCAUCACGAGAUGUCUGUUAUUGGGAAGCAGUUCACUCGAAACUUCUUCAACAUGACAGAGAGUACGAAGCUCUAUGCUUAUUACCAGGCCUGCUCAGAAGGUGGCCGUGAAGGAUGGAGUCAAAUCCAGCGAUAUGAUGACUGGGAUGGUGCCGUCGUUGGUGCUCCCGCGUUCCGAUAUGCGCAUCAACAGGUACAGCAUCUUUGGUCUGAUAUGGUCAUGAAAAAUCUUGAUUACUUCCCUCCUCCUUGUGAGCUAACGAAGAUCCUCAACCUGACCAUUGCCGCCUGCGAUCCAUUGGACGGUUUGACCGACGGUGUUGUUUCCCGUACGGACCUUUGCAAAUUGCACUACGAUAUGGACCAGGCCAUUGGAGAGACUUAUUACUGUGCCGCUGAGAGUGGCUCCAGUGGUUUUGGCAAAAGACAAUCUACUACGCCUGCCCAGAGUGGAAAGGUCACAGCCAAGGGUGUAGCAGUUGCUAAAGCAAUUAUUGCCGGUAUGAAGGAUAGCCAGGGUCAGCAAGUUUAUCUUUCCUACCAGCCAUCUUCCACCUGGGGUGAUGCUGGAACAACCUAUAACUCAACUUCGGGUACAUGGUAUGCAAGUGCUAGUGGAAUUGGUGGAGAUUGGGUGGACCGUUACCUGGAGUUGAUCGAUAGCGAGUCAUUGUCAAUGGAUGUUCUCACCGAGGAUAAAUUGAAAGCUUGGAUCUACGAGGGAUGGCAGCGAUACGACAGUGUUCUGCAAACGACUUGGCCGGAUCUCUCUGUCUACCACGGCGCAGGAGGAAAGAUCCUCCAUGUGCACGGAGAGUCUGAUUUCAGUGUCCCAACCGCAUCAUCAGUGCGCUACUGGGAGUCAGUCCGAAGUGUCAUGUACCCGGAUCUCUCUUACACUGCCGGCGCUGCCGCCCUAAAUGACUGGUAUCGCCUUUACCUGAUCCCCGGAGCUGGCCACUGCUCUCCCAGCACCGAUCAGACAAACGGCCCAUUCCCACAGACCACCCUUGAGGUGCUUAUUGAGUGGGUUGAGAAGGAUGUCAAGCCAAACACCCUCCCUGCUACCGUUCUUCAAGGCUCCGAGAAGGGAAAGAAGUGGGAGCUUUGCGCCUGGCCACUUCGACCAUUGUGGAAAGACAACGGCAAGACCUUCGAAUGCAUUUAUGAUCAGGCGUCGAUAGAUACGUGGCACUGGGAUUUGAAUGCAUGGGAUUUGCCUGUCUACUAG